AUGUCAUCUUCAAGACGAGCUGGCCACCAAGGCUCUGCCACGACUGUCAUAGAACUUGAGCCCAUCCACACACCGCCACGAUCAUCUGAGAAACGCGUUCCUAGGGAGUCGGGCAGAAGACUCGGUCAGAAUGAUCUUGAUAAUAACCGUGAACGACAUGACCACAAUGAGACUCUACCUUCUCCCACCGUCGCUUCUCAUGAUGCACUGGAGAGAUGGAAUGCUCCAAGAUCAAAUCUCUAUCGAACACUUGCUGCCUUCAUAGGCUUCGCUAUCAUGGGCAUGAACGAUGCCACCUAUGGAGCCAUCAUUCCAUAUCUGGAAAAAUAUUACAAUCUCUCAUAUACAAUCGUUUCGCUUAUCUUCCUCAGUCCCCUGGUCGGCUACAAUCUCUCAGCCUUACUCAAUAACAGCAUACACCUUCAAUUUGGACAGAGAGGUGUAGCUUUCAUUGGACCAGUUUGUCACCUGCUGGCAUACAUUGUCAUCGCCGUUCACCCUCCAUAUCCGGUGCUAGUCGUAGUGUUUGCGAUCGCAGGCUUCGGAAACGGGCUGGAAGACGCAGCUUGGAAUGCCUGGAUGGGUGCAAUGUCGAAUGCGAACGAAGUUUUAGGCUUUCUUCAUGGUAUCUAUGGUUUGGGAGCUACCAUCGCUCCUUUGAUUGCCACUUCACUCAUAACGAAAGCUGAUAAGCCUUGGUGGACGUGGUACUACUUCAUGAUCGGAUUCGCAGCCGUCGAACUUGUCACUAACCUUUGGGCUUUCUGGAGUCAGACUGGAGAAGUCUUUCGUCUUGCGCAUCCCAGAACCACCGAUCAGACAGGCAACAGAAUGAAAGAGGCCUUGCUCACUAUGCCGAGUGCCCGAGUCACAUGGUUGUGUGCUUUGUUCUUGUUGGGAUACGUUGGCAUCGAAGUAGCUCUCGGUGGCUGGAUUACCACAUUCAUGCUUCGAGAACGUCACGGUGGUGCUUUCGCCUCUGGAAUGACUGCAACUGGCUUCUGGCUCGGCAUCACCAUCGGCAGACUGGUACUUGGUUUCGUGACGCCACGCAUCGGUGAGAAGUUAUCCAUCGCCAUCUAUCUUCCAAUCGCGACCGGUCUCGAGCUCCUCUUCUGGCUUGUUCCGCAGUUCUAUGUUUCGGCUGUUGCAGUGGCACUGCAAGGGUUCUUCCUAGGCCCAAUGUUCCCCGCUGCUGUAGUCGCGACAACCAAACUCUUGCCUAAACAUUUGCAUGUCAGUGGUAUUGGAUUUGCUGCUGCGUUGGGUGGCUCCGGCGCUGCGAUAUUCCCCUUCGUUACUGGUGUCAUUGCACAAGCAAAAGGUGUGCAGGUCCUCCAGCCGAUUAUUCUAGCACUCUUGGUUGUCAUCUGGUUGUUCUGGAUCUCACUUCCUAGGAUCGAAAAGAAGAGAGAUUAA